ACAACUUUUCGUAGUAUCAUAUAUACGCUCCGUAAUAACAAAUUCUUCACCAGCCUGAGGUCUCAUUUUAGUGAACUACCCUCCUGCACUGCAGUUCAGGGAAUCAUUUGCGGUGGCUUGGCUCAGCUUUACUCUCAGUACAUGCUUGGAGUUGAUCUACGAUGGGAUCGACUUCGUUGGGCAUAUGAGUUCGAUGUCGCGAUGCGAACUAAGAGCGCAUCUGACUUGAGCGGCCUCAGCCGAGAGGAAAAGAAGAAGGCCCAGUGCUCCUUUGAACCAGGCGAAAUCGCUCACGUCGACGGUGGCGGUGGAAUCACGGCUGCCUUCUACGAAUUCUUGGGUCGUGACAACUUUCCACUGACGCCAAUAGAACGGCGAUACAUGCGCGUUCUUAACGACAGCGCUCCCGAUAUCAGCAAAUAUUGCCUUGUCCUCCAACGUCUCAGCGCAGACACAUUCAUUGUGUGCUACAUCGCGUCUUUCGGUGGUGUUGUAUACGGCACCGGCCUGUCUCCAGUAACUCGGUUUUUUUCCAUGGCUAUGGGCGACACACCUCCGUGGCCUCCCAAUUCAAGGCCUCUGCACGUUAUCCCGAGAUGGAUCGGGUCUGGCUUCAUAUUUGGUGUUCCCGUGGUCAGGAAAAAUCUGUCGAAGACAACUCAUUCCCGUGCUUCUCUUGCCCACGGAGAACUGCAUAGGGUAAGAUCUUUUAUUGCAGAAAGGCUCAAGCUCUUCCAGCAGGCCCAUAAAGAAUUGCGUGCAAAAGAGCGCGAUUGGCAUAAAGUCCGCAAGAAAACUGGUCUCAAAAUUGAUAGCUAUGUGGAUCCCGUGAUGUUGGACGUGGAUCAACCAGGCAGGGUAGGCUCUAGCCCUGCGAUACCCAGUGAAGUGCCCGCCCCUACCGACUUUACGGAAUGUUCAAACUUCAAAAACAUGCUUCGGAUGAAGCGUGACAUCAAAGUGCCUUUUCUCCACAAGCGUCGUUUCUUGGACGUUCCUCCGAGUAAUCACUUAGCCUGGUUACUGCAAUGGCAACGACAAGAUAUUACGUCUUCACGACUCUAUCUCAAGCGCUUCACGCCUCGACACUCAUCUUAUCCUGUGCUUCGACAUCUUCCACUCCCCUUUCGACCCCCCGGGAGAGCUCACUCAGUCCAACUUACAGAUAUUGGAGGAAUAUGGUAGUCCUAGAAGCCUCGUUCAGUCCCGCAUUCGACUACACUGGGACGGUAUCACUCAGGAUGUACGAGAGCAUACCGCGUCGUAUGAUUACAUUGUGGAGGUUGACAAAAACAUAUAU